CCAAGACCCCGAUGAUCCGCAACGGGUCUACCGGAGACUGGAUCGGGACCUUCGUGGGGCACAAGGGGGCGGUGUGGGGGGUGGCGCUUGACGACACGGGCCUCCUCGCGGCGACAGCGUCCGCGGAUUUUUCGGCUCGAUUGUGGGACGCCGUCACUGGGAACCAGGUCCACGAGUUCGUCCACAAACACAUCGUCAAGACGGUGCACUUCGCCGCAGACAGGUCGAAGCUGGCCACCGCCGGACACGAGGGUAUCCUCAGGAUCUUCGACACAGCGUCCCCCGGAAGCCCCCCAACCGAGAUCACAGUGUUUCCCGGAGGAGAGGAGACACCAAAGGUUGCACGAGUAAUCUCGAAGGCGAGGUGGGGCAAGGACCCCAACACCGUCUUGACGGGGUCGGCGGACGGGUUUGUUAGGGUGUGGGAUAUUCGGAGCGGGGAAAAGAUUCGAAAGGUGCAGGUGGCGGGGGCGGUGAUGGACCUGGAGAUGUCGUGGGAUAAGAAGAUCGCCACCGUCGCGGCGGGGGACACGGUGCACUUCUUCGAUACAGGAGACUUGUCCGAGGUGAAGCGCCACACUAUGCCCAUCAACUUCCGCAACGAGGGAGGCGCCUCGCUCCAUCCAGGGGGCAAGCGGUUCAUAGCGGGGGGAUCGGACCUUUGGGUCCGCGUGUUCGACUUCGACACUGGUGCGGAGCUCGAGUGUCUCAAGGCAAGCAGGGGGAGGGCGAGGGGGCACCACGGACCGGUCCGGUGCUUAAGGUACGCCCCCGACGGAAAGACUUACGCGACGGGGUCGGAGGACGGAACCAUCCGCCUGUGGCAGAGCAAUGCCCCCGCCGCAGCAGCCGCGUCGGCGGCGGGGACAAGCGGUGCAGACGGCACCGCCGCCCGGUGAUGAGGAAGCGAAUCUGCCGGGCUCUUGUUUGUGGUUUCCGCCGAGCCAGCUAUAGUGCACGCGCGGAAGACGAUUGAUUGGUACACGCGUGGUCUUGGAUGUCUUGUUUCGUGGGGUUUCCGUGGCAGGGAGGCCUUGUCUUGGUUAUUGUCACGUCGUCGCCGACCGCUCUCGAGCUCUCUUUUUUUUUCAUCACAUUUCGUUCUGUUGUUUCUUUUUUUUGUUCCUUUUUUCGUGAAAUUCAGGCUUUUGGGUCGGGUAAAAUCUUCCGUUCCGCUUUUUUUUGUUCGGGAUUUGUUUUGGUCGGUUUCGUUUCGGGAGGGGAAGAUGCGGGCUCCUCGUGAAGGCUAUUCUGAGUAGCCUUCGGGGUAUGAAGUGACCCCACCCACCCUACCCAUGCGCGCGCACCACGGUGUGCUACGGACCAAACUCUUGAAGAAUGGUCACGGGGAAAAUCUACAUGCGCCCAACCAAAAGCACUGACAGCACGGGUGGAUGGCACCGCAUCGCGCUCGUACUCCUACUCCCAGUAGGAGGGUGUCCAUUUCCGUGAUAUCCUAUCUAUUGCUCGGGUUUUGUGUUUUCGAUCGUUCAGUCGUGGGCGGAAGGGGGUGCGCUCUCGUCUGCCCUGCUAGAUAAGACGCCUGUUGUCGGUGAGGAUCCGUGAGUCUGGACAGUGAGUUAUGCGGCGGUAGGUGUUGGGCUUGAUCUGAUCGGUCCAUACGUGUGUGAUACAUGCGGGUGUAUGUUAGAGGGACGGACGGGCCGCCGAAUGCUGGACGACGAAAGGGCGCUGGAAGGUCGAUGGACGAAAGGGAAAGAAAAAAUGGGAGGUCUUUGAUGAUUCGUGCACGCCCUUUUGGGGUGAAAUUGGUGCCGCGGUUGGUCGUUGCGAAUGAUUGUCUUCAAUUUUCGAUGCUGUCUGUCUGAAUGUUAAUGUGAAACUAACAUCCACAGUCAGAAGAGAGGGAGUGGGAGAGAGCGAAAGUGAGACAAGAGAGAGCGAGGGAAGAUAUGAGACACACUGGGGGGGGGCUACUGGUUUGGGGCGGGGGGGGGGCAGAUGUUAGCGAGCCAAACGGUAGCCUUAGCGGCGACGGAAAAGACGGCAAGAAAAAUGCCGCUCCACCUAGGACAGCAGUAGACACUUGUGUCGAGACAAGACAGGCGAAACUUUCGGGGGAGAACGCAAGAGUGAUGAAGUGAUACCCGUUGCUCGGUCAACUUGGGCAUUCUGCGGACGAGAGCCGAGGAGGUAAUUUGAGCCCACGACAUAACAGGGACGCGUUUUGUUCUUGCUUGCUUCGUUUUUUAAGACAGGAGGUUCAUGCACUCGAAAAGCAGGGAUGAAAAUAACGGUACAUACGUAUACCCGAUCCCCGCAAUCAAGGGUCCCAACUUAAUUGAGCAAAAGGUACAUCGACAACAAGAAGAAACGCUCAAUUAAGAACAAACGUGUUCACGGGGGUACCCGCAAAGCACCCCCCCCCC